AUGCAAGUCCCUGCCGUGAUCCCCUCUUAUGGUAUCCAUCCAUGGUACUCGCAUCUAUUCUCUUUUGUUCCAGUCAAUACAGAAGAAGAAAAACGGAAGCACUACCACGAAAUCCUCAAUCCUGCCCCGACAGAAGAGCUCUUGACAAACUUACCUAUGCCAAUUUACCUUGAGGAUCAUAUCAGAACCAUUGAACGAUAUUUGGAAGCAGGCGGUACAAUAGGGGAAAUUGGAUUAGAUAAAGUGUUUCGCGUCCCCAAUUCUGGAUUUAUGGGACCUUUGGAAGGCUCUGGACUGAGUUCUUGUCGAGUGUCAAUGGAUCAUCAAGUCUCAAUAUUUGAAACUUUUUUACGGAUGGCACAAGCAAAAAACAAGCCUGUGAGCAUUCACUGUGUUGGGUGUCACGGCAAGCUGUUCGAUAGCGUCCAGAAAAUUGUGAAGUCUCCCGGCUUGGUGACCCUACAUAGCUAUAGUGGAUCCUACGACCAGUUCAAGCUGUGGAUGAAACAAUACCCUGAUAUCCGACUUAGUGUAAGCAAGGUUCUCAAUUUAGAUAGAUAUAAAGAUACAUUGCAAAAGAUAUCAAUUGCUAAAAACGACAUAUGA